UCAUGUUUUGUUGAGUGCGUGGUGUUGUGUGUGCAUGAGGGAGUGAGAGAGAAAACGUGGUCGCGGAUAAGCCUAGCAUUUAGCUAGUUUGCGAGUGUGAGUGUGUGAAUGAAGUGUAAUACAGGCUCAAAUAUUUAGUAGUAUUUAUUUUUGUAUGUAGUCAAGUUUGCCACAAACGGACAAGGUGCAAAUACACUAUUUGAUAAAGGCAGCUGGCUGAGUUUGUGGUUGCAAUAGUGUUGAAAAUGUCCAUGAGCAGUCAGAAGACCACCACCAGUCAGGCAAUUCCGACCACCAGACGAGUCAUAAUCAACGAUGCGGCCCAUAUGCCUCAUGAUUACUCUACAACUCCCGGAGGGACCCUUUUUAGCACGACUCCUGGAGGCACCCGGAUCAUCUAUGAUCGAAAGUUCCUGCUGGACUGUCGCAGCUCCCCGUUGGCCCGCACACCGCCCUGCUGCCUCCCUGACAUUCCGGGGGUAACCAGUCCUCCUUCGGUCACCAUUAAAAACGACAAGGCCCACCCCAAACAGACGGUCAAUAAUAACAGCAUCAGCCCCCUAGCGGACAAGAGCGCAGGGGAGGAUGCCCAGUUUGAAAUGGAUAUCUAACUACAAUAGAGGACCUGCCACACGAAGGAGGCGACGACUGUAAUGAAUAUUACUGUGAUGACAACUGUUCCCUGAGAGGAUAAAUGCACAGAAGACUUCUCCUUCCAUGUCAUCUGUCUUUCUUUUUCUUUCAUUUAUCUACUGUCCAAAUGAUAUUUUCCUUUUCUGUACGGAUGCUGUCGCUCAAGACGCGCACAAAGCCAUUACUUUAGAUUCUCAACAUCAGCUAACACUGUUGUGCCUGAAAGAGCCACUAUCUCAGAUGUCAGAUAGUGCAUCCCAAGCGCUAUACAUCUGCCUAAGACAUGGGGGACAUUCAACUGGCCACCAUGUGACAUUGUUUAUUUGAUACAGAUUUGUUUGUGUAGUUUUGCAGAAUGAUCAGUAGGGGGAGCAACACCUCUUGGUGGUUGUCUCAACAAAAGUCAUGUGGAGGAAAAUCCAGAUUGCCAACUCCUAU